ACUUGCGUUGUUGAGAGAACGAGAAGUAGAAGUGUAUUCGAAUCGAAAGAAAAGUGUUUCUCCAGUUUAUUGAUUAUUAAUUCUGGAAUUAAUUCUUUCUAUUGACAAAUUGACACCAAAUAUUGCUGCUAAACAAUUGCAAAUUCAAUUAGUGUUCGGUGUGCAAGUCAACUCGGCGUUUAGUUAUUUAUUUGUCGUUGCUCGGUGAACAACCAAAACCAAAAAUAAUAAAGAACAAAACCGAGAAAGAAAAACAAAAAAAAGAACACCACAUCGAGAUUCGAGAUUCAAUUGGAAAUAGGAAUCCGAACCAAACCGAAUUCGAUUCAUCAUCGAUUGUUUCUCGAAAAAAAUUGGUUGAAUUUCGCAUUGUGAUCAUUUGUGUUCCAAUUGAAUAUUGUUUUAUCUUUUGAAUGGUACAUGGAAUACCUAUAAAUAAAUAUAAAAUAUUUUGCGUGCAAGAAAACUCGAUUCCUGAAUUAUUUGUUGUUUUCGUGGUGUUUUUUGUGUUGCGCCUGUCCACAUCAGGCAGCAGUGUAAUAGCUAUAAUUUAAUUUGUCUGAACUCCAGAGAAUACCAAACGAAAUUAUUAUGGCUGAUGUGCGUCGCAGGAAGACGGACACUGAAGCAGAGCCAAGUGCUCCAGGGAAGGAUUUACAGAAAAGAGAUUCAUUAACUGCUGAGUCUUCAGAUCAUAUCGAUUCAGAAGAAGAAAAACUACCCGAAGAGAAAUAUGUGGAAGAGCUGGCAAAAACAUUACCACAAGGAACAGAUAAAACUCCUGAAAUGCUGGGAUCAGCCCUGAAAGAUUUACCAGACAGAUGGAAGAACUAUGUCAUCCGUGGAAUUUUUACCUGGAUAAUGAUUUGUGGAUUUGCUCUCAUUAUUUAUGGAGGUCCAUUAGCACUAAUGAUCACAACGCUAAUGGUUCAAGUAAAAUGUUUUCAAGAAAUUAUUUCCAUCGGCUAUCAAGUCUACCGGAUUCACGGCCUACCUUGGUUUCGAAGUCUUUCAUGGUACUUUUUGCUUACCUCAAAUUACUUCUUCUAUGGUGAAAAUUUGGUAGAUUAUUUCGGUGUUGUAAUAAACAGAGUGGAAUAUUUGAAGUUCUUAGUAACUUAUCAUCGAUUUUUGUCCUUUGCAUUGUAUUGUAUUGGAUUUGUGUGGUUCGUAUUGUCACUGGUAAAGAAAUACUACAUGAAACAAUUCAGUUUAUUUGCUUGGACUCAUGUGUCUUUGUUAAUUGUUGUCACUCAAAGCUAUCUUAUUAUUCAAAAUAUAUUUGAAGGUCUUAUUUGGUUUAUUGUUCCCGUUUCGAUGAUUGUUUGCAAUGAUGUUAUGGCCUAUAUGUUUGGCUUUUUCUUCGGAAAGACACCAUUAAUUCAACUCAGCCCCAAGAAGACAUGGGAAGGAUUCAUUGGAGGGGGUUUGUCAACUUUGGUCUUUGGUUGUAUUAUAUCUUUCUUGCUUUGUCAUUAUCAAUACUUUAUUUGUCCGAUUGUUUACUCCGAGUCUUUGGGUCGUAUGACAAUGGAAUGUGAACCAAGCUAUCUCUUUACCUAUCAAGAAUAUAGCCUCUCGGUGUUUGGAAUUGGAAAGUCUAUUUCAAUGUAUCCAUUUGUAUUCCAUUCGUUGUCUCUGAGCUUGUUUAGUUCGGUUAUUGGACCAUUCGGAGGAUUCUUUGCAUCUGGUUUCAAGAGGGCCUUUAAAAUAAAGGACUUUGGAGACAUGAUUCCCGGACAUGGUGGAAUUAUGGAUCGUUUUGAUUGCCAAUUUUUAAUGGCUACUUUUGUUAAUGUUUACAUUUCCAGUUUCAUUAGAACUCCAUCGCCUUCCAAAUUAUUGACGCAAAUUUAUAAUUUAAAACCGGAGCAACAAUUGCAGAUAUUUAACUCACUGCGUGACAAUCUUGAAAGUUUGAGCAUCCUAAACUAAACAAACAAACAAUACAUUCUUCAACUAAUUUAAACAAACAAAAAUGAAAAGCUAAGUGUAUAAUUUAUUUUAAUAUAUGAUAACAACAUACGCAUACAUAUAUACAUUUAUAUGUGCAAUAAAAUAAUACAUGUAGGCAAUUAUGGUUUGUAUUCAUGAACAAAAAAAUCAUGAAUAGAAAGCGAAAAACACUCGUUUUGUGUUUAUUAGUUCAUAAUAACACAUUCAAAAAUAAUCUCACUAACAAUUUUAACAAGUGAAAAUUACAUCUAAAAAUAUUGUGUACUGAUUUAGAAAAAGAUUCCACUAAUAUUAAAAAGUAGUAGCGUUUUUAAAAAUAUGUUUUACAUUUUUUGUUUUUUGGAAAAUUAAAGAAUGUGAGGAAAGUCAUGAAUUUAAUAUUUAUAGUUCAAUGAGUUUGUUUUUGUUCUAAGUGCAAAACAACAUUUGUGUAAAAAAAUAUAUUUUUAUUCAAUUGACUAAAACACUAAUUUAUUAUACAGUAAGAAAUGAUUUACAAUUUUUUACCGAACUUAAGAAAAAAUCAAGAAAAAUUAUGUAACAUUCAAAAUUAAACGCAAAUAUUAUUCAAAAUCUGAUAGUGAUAAAUUAUAUUCUUUGCUUCGAAUGAACACGAUGUACGAGUUUUUUUUAAAGAGCUUCUAGUUAAAUAUUGAUUUUCAUAUAUUUUAGUUAUAAGAUAUCAUUUUUGUUCACUUUAUAAUAAUUUUUAAAACUGAAGCGUUAUGUUAUUUGUCUUUGUUUUUUCUAUUAAAAACUUUCAUUCAAAAGGCCCAGAAGCUAACUAACUAACUAUGUUCAUUAUUUUACCUUAAGGCUCUAAGCUCUGAACAGAUAAAUAGGUUAUAACAUACAUAGCAAAAUAUAUACGAAAUAUAAAACUAUAAUAUAUAUUGAACAAAUAUUAUUCUAGUCUUUAGAUUUUUUAUUUUAUUUAGAGAAAUUAAAUUAAGUUAAAUUUGUAUAUUGAAUACAAUUAUUUAGUUAUUGUUAAUUUAUAAUAAUUCUAGUUUUAUUUCUUGUUAGUUUGAAGAAAAUAAAAUUAAGUUUCGAUCUUUUCUCAUAAGUUAGAGAAAAAAGUAUCUUUUCAAAAAAAAAAUACAACAACAGAGAAGCAUUAACAGAUUUUUGAGAAAAUACAACACAAUCGUAUUUUGUUUUGUUGUCUUACAGAAAAAGUAAAAGAUCAAAAAAGUGAUUGAAAUAUAUAUUCCAAUUGAUAAAUUUUAUAUUAUAGCAUUUUCAGAAAAAAUCUGUUUCACUACACGUCUUAAAAACGAAAAAUAAAGUGCAAUAAUGUUUUAUUCAAAACGAAAAUAACAGCGGAACAAAAUGGAUACAAGAUAAGGUUAAUUAUUAUGUUUUAUCCAAACAUUGUCAUUAAUGUCCGUCCGUGGAAAGCGUGUUUUUGUUUUGUUUUAAUUUAACUCCACCCACCCAUUUAUAGUUAUUUGACUUGAUUGUUGAUGAAAUUGAAUUUAAGUACAAAACAAACAUAAAUAUAAAAAAAUAUUACAUACAUAUUACAAAAAAAAAGUACCUGUUGUUAAUAAUUGUAAAGAGCUAAUAUUUUGUUUUUCUUUUUU